CUCCACCUUCACAGGACUAGUCCAGUUGCCUUUUUUUGGUACCUGUCCUGUGGUGCUUUUGAGUAGUUUUGUGGCCCUUCUCUUUUUGUGGUAGACAGUGCAAGUUUCUAUGCUUCUUUUUACCAUGUUUACCUGACUGUCUCUCCAUACCGGUGUAAAUAACCACAGUAAGGUUCAUAGUAGGACUGCCAUAUGUGUGUUCCUUGCGGUUGCGGUCCGUCCCCUCCUUUUCACUCUCUAUCCCCCUUGGGUUCAUUCCUCACACCUCUCUCUGCUUCCCUGCUAUAUGUGACCGCACUUGUCCAUCUGCCUGUGGAUAUCCUGCUUGUCCUCCGCCUCUCUCUGCCCCCCACUGUCCUUCACAGGGACACUGGUACGGAUGUGGCUUGGCAGGUGGCGCCGCCCUGAUGGGUCAGCGGGUGGCAUCGUUGUGUUGGACUGGCGCUCGGUCGUGAGAAGUGCGAACGCCAAGACCCCGCAGCAGCAAACCCCCGGUGACUCAUAGCGCGGAGACUGUCGUGGAGCCUUCGCCCUGUGAGCAGGCAGCCAGGCCCCGCCCCCUAUCGUCGAGAGACUUCUGCUUCCUGUUCCCCUCGCGGCUUUGCCCGGGCAGCACCGUGUGAUAUGUGUUUCACUGUGGAAGAGCUCAAACGUUCCUGUGGACCACACUGUCUAUUCGACCAGCCCGACACCGCCGACUGAGGACUGUGGCGCAGUGGGAUGGACAGGGAGGCUGUGUGUACAAUGAAAUCAGCUUCCCCAGAGCUGUCUUCAGAAAGUCCCCUCCUUCCCUCCCUGCCCCAGCCGCCAGCCCGGCCCCGCCCCCGCCCCGGCACCGCCCCCCCAUUGAGGAGCAGCACUGAGCCCGGGAACAUCCCGCAGCGUGGCGCCAUGGAGGUGGGCAUGCGCGUGGUGCGCGGUGUCGACUGGAAGUGGGGCAACCAGGAUGACGGUGAGGGCCAUGUGGGCACCGUGGUGGAGAUCGGCCGCCAGGGUAGCACAACGACGCCCGACAAGACCGUGGUGGUGCAGUGGGACAGCGGUACACGCACCAACUACCGCACCGGCUACCAGGGCUGCUUCGACCUGCUGCUCUACGACAAUGCCCAGAUCGGUGUGCGCCACUCCAACAUCAUCUGUGACAGCUGCAAGAAGCAUGGCAUCAUGGGAAUGCGCUGGAAGUGCAAGGUGUGCUUCGACUACGACCUGUGCACGCAGUGCUACAUGAACAACAAGCAUGACCUGAGCCACGCCUUCGAGCGCUACGAGACGGCUCACUCCCAGCCAGUGAGCCUGACACCCAGACAGAACCUCUCCCGGAUCAUCCUCAAGGGAAUCUUCCAGGGGGUCAAAGUGGUACGCGGGCCAGACUGGGAUUGGGGAAACCAGGACGGAGGAGAAGGCAAAGUGGGCAAAGUGGUGGAUAUCCGUGGUUGGGACACGGAGUCCGGACGCAGCGUAGCCAGCGUGACCUGGUCCAACGGAACCACCAAUGUCUACAGGAUGGGACACAAAGGCAAAGUGGACCUCAAAUACGUGUCGGACGUGGCGGGGGGCUACUACUACAAAGAGCACCUGCCGAAGCUAGGUGAGCACGCGGAGCUGCAGAGGCAGGAGAGUGCAGACGGACACACCUUCCAGCAGGGCGAUAAGGUCAAGUGUCUGUUAGACGUCGACAUCCUCAGGCAGAUGCAGGAGGGCCACGGCGGUUGGAACCCCAAGAUGGCCGAGUACAUCUGCAGGAUAGGAACUGUGCACAGGAUCACAGACCGCGGUGACGUCAGGGUGCAGUACAGCAACAACAUCCGUUGGACCUUCCACCCUGGGGCCUUGACCAAGGUGAACACGUUCGGCGUGGGUGACCUGGUGCGAGUGCUAGAGGACAUGGACACGGUGAAGCGUCUUCAGGCAGGCCAUGGGGAGUGGACCGACAGCAUGGCACCGGCCCUGGGGCAGGUGGGCAAGGUGCUGAAGGUGUACGCCGACGGGGACCUCCGCGUGGCCUUCGGCUGCCAAACCUGGACCUUCAACCCAGCGUGCCUCUCUGCCCAGCCGGCGGAGGUGGACGCCAACCUGAUGACGGCGGAGAACCCCAGCGAAUCAGGAACCACUGUGAUCUCGGUGCUGGAGAAGCUGCUGUCCCAGUCCACAGAGCUGGAUCACCCGGGCAGGCUGGUCAUUGAGGCAGCGCAUGGCAGCGCCGCAAAGGUCCGAGACCUGGUGCAGAAGCACCCUGACAAGGUGGACAUUAAGAACCAGGGGAAGACGGCUCUGCAGGUGGCCGCUCACCAGGGCCACCUGGAGGUGGUCAAAGUGCUGCUCCAGGCCAACAGCAGCGUGGAGGUGAAGGAUGAGGACGGCGACACGGCCCUGCACUAUACGGCGUUUGGGAACCAGGCUGAGAUCGCGCGGCUCCUGCUCGGCAAGGGUGCCAACGUGAACCUGCUCAACAACUCCAUGUGCACGCCGCUUCACAUCGCAGUCAACAAGGGCUUCACCGAGGUGGUGCGCGUCCUAACGGAGCACAGCGCCGACGUCAACCUGCAGGACUCGUACGGAGACACCCCUCUCCACGACGCCAUCGCCAAAGACUUCCGCAACAUCAUCGAGAUCCUGACGGCCGUGCCGAACAUCGACUUCACGCAGCAGAACAACCGAGGGUUCAACUUGCUGCAUCAUGCCGCUCUGAAGGGCAACAAGCUGGCCGCGGAGAUGAUCCUGGCUCGGGCACGCCAGCUGGUGGAUGUGAAGAAGGAUGACGGCUUUUCCGCCCUCCACCUGGCCGCCCUCAACAACCACAGGGACGUGGCUGAGAUCCUCAUCAAAGAGGGUCGCUGCGACGUCAACAUCCGCAAUAACCGCAACCAGACGCCGCUGCAGCUAGCCGUGACGCAGGGCCACAGCGACGUGGUGCAGCUGCUGGUGGCCGAGGGCGCCAACGUGAACGCGGAGGACGAGGAGGGCGACACGGCAAUGCAUGUGGCUCUGAGCCGGCAGCAGCUAGCCGCAGCCGUAGCCGAGGGGGAGCGCUCUUCGCUGUAUGCCCAGCUGAGUGCUUCAGGGUUGCUGGGCAACAUGGAGCUAAACAUGGGCGCCGCCAUCGCCUGCUUUCUGGCGCAGGAGGGCGCCGACAUCAGCUACGCCAACCAUAAAGGCAAGAGCCCGCUGGACCUGGUGACGGACGGCGCCGUCUUGCAGCUCAUCAAGAACUUCUCAGAGAAAAGCAGGCUGCAGCAGCUGCACUCCCCUCCUAGCGGGAUGGGCAGCGGCGGCAGCAGCAGCAGUCUGCGCAGGGUUCACACGACGCCCAACACCAUGACCAACCUGGCGGUGCCCAGCAUGCCGGGCCCCAGCGAGUGCCUCAUCUGCUCUGAACUGGCGCUGCUCGUUCUCUUCUGCCCCUGCCAGCACAGCGUGGCCUGCGAAGAGUGUGCUCACCGCAUGAAGAAGUGCAUCAAAUGCCAGGUGACCAUCACCAAGAAGAUUCGACAAGACCAAACAGAGGUGGAUUCCAGCCCUGUGGCAGAGAACUCGGAGCAGCACAACCUGUUGGAGCAGCUGCAGUCACGCUACCGGCAGAUGGAGGAGCGCAUCACGUGCCCUAUCUGCAUCGACAAGCACAUCAAGCUGGUGUUCCAGUGUGGUCACGCCUCCUGCGUGGACUGCAGCGCCUCCCUCAAGGCCUGUCCGCUGUGCCGGCAGACCAUCCGCGAGCGCAUUCAGCUCUUCGUGUGAUGCGGGCAGCCGCCUGCCUGUGCUGUCCGCCUCCCUGGUUACCCCCCCUCCCCCAUCUCCGUUCUCUCUCGUGCCCGACACACCCUCCACACCGGGAUGCCCCGCCCCUUUGCGCCUCGCCCUGCCCUUCGCAGGCACUGCUCCCUAAGGCCGUCGCUGCAUGCUAAACCGAGCGUCUUGGAAACAGGGGAGCGGGGCGCCCUGUCUCCAAAGGAAAUGACCCGGGGAAGGACCCCGGCGUGUAUCCCGGUGCGCCGGGGUGUAGCCAGGAGUCGCCUGUUACAUGGUGUCUAAAUCGUGGUAUUACCGCAGCCGCAACAUCCAGGCAGGCCAUGGAGCUGUCCGCUGACGCGGCCCCCCGAUGCCGCUCAUCGCCCUGUUUACAAGAGUGCUAAUGACUGUGAUCUUUCUCUGUGUGUGUGUGUGUGUGUGUGUGUGUGUGUGUGUGUGUGUGUGAGACACUGGUAAUCGCUGUUACUUGGCACAGUCUUAGACACGAUCCGUUUCUGUCCUUGUCAGCUGUUCCCUAGGCAAACACACACACUGUUGCUCCUCAUGGUACCUGAAUGUCAACAGGAUGUGUGUUUACUUUGCAUAUGUAAAUGAGAUACAUAUAUAUCAGUAUAUAAACCUGCGCACGCUGAUACACUCAGGUGGUGCGUCUUGUAUUGUAAUGAGGGUGUGUGUAUUGUUUGUGCUUCAAGGUGGUGUGCGUGUGUGUGUGUGUAUGUGUGCGCGCUCUGUGUUUCCAGCUUGUUUUUCCUAUUUAUCUCAACCGUGUUUUCUCACCGUUUGUGGGCAGUGAGACGAGACCCCACCCUGUGCUGCAGCGUCCGGUCGUCACUCUACACGCGACGCAGGUCUUACACACAUCCAAAAAAAAAAAAAAAA